AUGGCUACUCUGGGUCAGCAUGCCUUUCAUCCAAGCACCCAGAUUGGAAUUCCACCACCAACAACAGAUCCUAUGCAGCUCCCCCUAAUUCCUCCCUUGAGCAUCUCCCGAAGCGAGAAAGAUGCAUUGCUCCAGAAACUACGGCAAAAGCGUGAUUCCCAAUCUACGACCGAUACACGAGCGAACCGAUACCCCAAGCCGCAGUCGAAGAAGCCAACCAAGACAGCCGGGCGACCUUCCACAAGGCCUCAGACACAGAAUAAGAAAAAUAUCACGCCAGAAAGAGCAAGGCGCCUUGAGCGGAAUCGUAUCGCUGCAAACAAAUGCCGACUGAAGAGAAAGGAGGAAAAUCAACAGAUGGAACAUGCCCUGGAAAAUGAGACGGCAAAAUACGACUCGCUUUUGGCGGAAGUAGGCCUUCUCCGCGACGAACUAUUGCACCUCAAAAAUCAAGUCUUGGAGCAUGCAGAAUGCGACGACGAUCAGAUCAAUACCCAUCUUGGAGUGAUGACGCAGACCCUGCUUAAGGAUACCUCGGAUCAGUUGAAAUGCCCAUCACCAACAUUUUCAGUUAGUACGUGGUCAGAGAGUUCGACAUUGGGGACUGGAAACGAUUCGGGUACUGUUGUGAAUUUACCAGAAACGAUUUCGGCCGAUAAAGAGGAGGGCACCGUUGAUUUCAUGUUCGACGACUUUAUCGAUGGGGCGAAACUGUAA